UUCUCCGGCGCACGCGACUUCAGUCUGACGACGCGCUCUGACUAACUUCUAAAUCGAACUUUGGUGUUUACGGAAACAUUUGAAAAGCGUAUUUAAACACAAUAGUCCGCGCGUUUUGUUUGGACCUCCUUUGGGGGGUUUCAAACCUCCUCGUAAAGCUGUAGGAACAGUUCUUCAUGGCAAAGGGUGGAAAAGGGGCGGGCGAGGGAGAAUCUGACAAGCGAGGGAGGAAGGGAGGGGGAGAUUCGAUACAGAACAGCACCCAUCAGACGCGGAUUUCAAAGCAGUCAGGACCACAGAGCCGCCACCUCGAGUAGGUGUGAAGGAUUCAUCAGGACACUGAAGACUGACACACUGUGGUGGAUCGGCAGAAUCAGGACCACAGCUAGACUAAAUGCAACAUUCCCUUUAGCUGGAAGCAGACCACAUAUCUGAGUGCACCAUGGAUUUUGUAAUGAAGCAAGCGCUGGGUGGAGCAACCAAAGACAUGGGGAAGAUGUUAGGAGGAGAGGAAGAGAAGGACCCUGAUGCCCAGAAGAAAGAGGAAGAGAGGCAGGAGGCGCUCAGACAACAAGAAGAGGAGCGAAAGGCCAAACAUGCUCGUAUGGAGGCCGAGAGGGAAAAGGUCAGACAGGCCAUUCGAGAUAAGUAUGGUCUAAAGAAGAAAGAAGAGAAGGAGGCAGAGGAGAAAGCGGCUAUGGAGCAAGCAUGCGAAGGCUCCUUGACUCGCCCCAAAAAGGCCAUCCCAGCAGGCUGUGGGGCGGACGACGACGAGGACGAGGAGAGCAUUCUAGACACCGUUCUCAAAUUCCUGCCGGGACCUCUGCAGGACAUGUUUAAAAAGUGACAGACAUGAAGCUGUUUCUCAAGGAAGGUGGAUGAGGGGGGAAUUUUGCCAAACAGGUGAAAGGCUUUUCACUGCCUUGACAGAAUUUUAAUUGCUCCUCUCUUACGGAUAGAUACACAAAUCAUAACCCGCCAACGUUUGGUCUUUUCACUGCCAUUCAGGUUCAGGUUGUUUACACUUUCGAUAAGUCUCUGUGUUUGUUUACUGAUCACCAGGGUCUCUGAUGCUGCCUUAGGUACUCAACCAUCAGCCCGACAGAAACAGCACAUUACAGCUUGAGCUCUGCCACUGGGAAUAUGAUUCCUACUAGAUUUGUUUAGUUAAAACCCAAGAGGAUUUUAAAACUCUAGCUUGAUAUAACUGUCCCGUUUUUCACCGAAAAAUUGUCAGUGAAGUGAAGAAUGCAGCUGUACUGCUUUGACUAGUUGCAUGAGGUCAAAAUCCUACUACUGUAUAUGAUGAAUUAUGUUUGCCAUCAGUGAGUUUGAUGAUACGGCGCCAUUUGUGACAAUGAGAGAUGCUGAUAAACUGUCUUAGAUGUGCCAUGUUAGACCGCCUGAAUGCUCAAAUGGUUUGCAGCCUGGCAGUUCUCACUCGUCUAUGAUGUAUUAUUUAUUUAGAUUUUAUUUUUCUCUGAAAUAGAACUUGAUUUGACCACAAGUGAUAUUCACAUUAGCCUUGCCAGCAAAAGAUCAGGAAAAGCUCAGUAAGUACUAGAUCUGUGUGUGACAACACCACAGUUUAUCAUUGCACACACCGGACCAAAUCAUCUUUACAAU